CUCCAGAACAAAGCUAUACCUUCCACAUCAAGCUUAGACGAAUACGACUUCCUUCCACCCCCAUCAUCAAUCUACGUCCAGGAGAAAAAAAAAACCUACUACUCAUCCAACAAUUAAACCAAACAAUGGGCUCUCAAACCGUGACGCAAUUCACCUACCUUCGACUGAAACCGGACGUCAAGCCCGAAGACCCGAACAACGAAGCAGGCCAGCAGUUCCUACAGGUGUUGCGAACCGCGAAGCUGCAGAGCGGAUAUCAGAAUUCUUCAUGGGGAAGGACCGUUGAGGAUCCGAAUAAUAUCGUUUGGGUCGUUGAUUGGGCCGAUGCCCGCGGCGCCGCUCGCACGAACGAAAUCCACAAAUUUCAAGAUACGUCUACGGAAAUGAUCACGUUCUAUGUGUCUCUGAGCCCUAGUCUCGCGGAGACAGAUCUCUUAACCAAGAACCCCGUGACGGAGCUCGUGGGUCUGGCUUUCCCGAGCGACAUGACUCCCGACGAGCAAAAGAAAGUGCAUUUCGACCUGAUCGCGUUCCGGACUGCGUUGCUUGAGAAGAUGGAUGAGCACCUCAGGCCAGUGUCUUGGUCUAUGGGUCAUGUUUCUCGGCCUGGGACGGUGGAUCAUGCCAAUAGCCCGUCAGGCAAGGCGUUGCUGCAUAUGCUGGCCGUUGGGUGGGAGAGUGUUGAUGCUCAUAAGAACGCGAAGGAGACGCAGGUGUAUUGGGAGGUGAUAAAGCCGCUAAGGGAGAAGAUGCUGCCGCCGCCGAAAGGGUUGGAGAUGCGACAUGCUAAGUUGACCAAGAUCUAGAGAGUUAGCUAACGAGGCUGAAAAUGAUGCGCUAUCUAACUAGGGGUGGUGAUAACUAAUCGAGUAUAAUAUAGUGUCAAGGAUACUGCAAGGUCUACUUUCUCAGAAAACAAUGUUAUAAGUCCGGAUUAAAUGAUGUAAUAGAAUCGCGGUCAUCAGAGCUCGGUAAACGUCUCUCCAGUAGAAUACAAAGGCAAAAAG